AUGCCCCCAAGAAGAUCGGGCAGGACAGCUGCUGCUGCUCCAGCAGCCCCAGCAGCUCAACCCCUCGACGGAGCCUCGAUCGCCAUCAGCGGUACUUUCACCCAGAAGCGCGCCGAGAUCGAGUCGCUUCUGACCUCGCUGGGCGCGACCAUCGCCAAAUCUGUCUCCAAAAAGACGACGCACCUCAUCACCACCCAAGGCGAUUUCAACGCGAAAACCACAAAGGUCGCGGCCGCAGAGAAGAACAACAUCCCCAUCGUCAGCCUGGAGUGGGCCCAGGAAUGCGAGUCCACGGGGUCCAAGGCCCCUGAGGACGACUUUGCCAUCACCAGCGGCAGCCAGUCCAAGAUGCCCCAGCCAAUGCAGACCCCUGUUCCUGCUCCUGUUCCUGCAGCCAACGGGUCCCAGAACGGAGCUUCGUCCCAGGCCAGUGCUUCACAGAACGCCUCUCAGUCGCAGCAGUCAGCCCCCGCGACCAAGGCCAACGGAAAGAAGCGCACCAAGGCCGCCGCCGCCGCCGCGCAGUCUGACAAUGAGAGCGACGCGCCUCCUGAGCCCAAAAAGAAGAAGACUACUGCCAAUGGCGCCGCCAAGGGAAAGAAAGCUGCUGCUGCUGCUACCGCAUCUUCCGUUGAUGUUGACGACAAGACCGACGUGAAAACCAAUGUGAAGAAGGAAGCCGCUGAUGGCCAAUCCGCUAAACCCAGCAAGAAGAUUGUUGUACCCGUUGACGAGGGCUGCACCGUUCCCGGCGCUGUCUAUAUUGCCCCCGAUGGUACUAUUUACGACGCGUCUCUGAACCAGACCAACGCUUCGAACAACAAUAACAAGUUCUAUCGCGUUCAGCUCAUUGAAAACGGGUCAGUCUACAAGACCUGGACCCGAUGGGGCAGAGUUGGCGACCAUGGCCAGAAGGCGAUUCUCGGCAACGGCACUUUGGAUGAUGCCCUGAAGCAAUUCGACAAGAAGUUCAAGGACAAGAGCGGAUGGAGCUGGGCCGAUCGCACCAACGACCCCAAGUCUGGCAAGUACGCUUACAUCGAGCGCAAUUACGAGGAUUCCGACGAUGAAGGUGCCGAUGACGCCGAUGACGCCGAUGCCACCGUCAAGACCGAGGACGCCGACGAGAAGAAGCCUGACGCGAUUUGCACCUUGGAGAAGCCCGUUCAGGAGCUCAUGGGUCUCAUCUUCAACAUGGGAUACUUCGCAUCAGCCAUGUCGUCCAUGGACUAUGAUGCUAAUAAGCUGCCCCUUGGAAAGCUCAGCAAGAACACCAUUCUUCGUGGUUUCCAGUCGCUCAAGGACCUGAGUGCCUUGAUCAAUGACCCGUCACUUGCCGACUCCAAGUACUCCAUGACUGUCGCCGCCGCGACUGAGCAUCUGUCCAACCAGUUCUAUUCUUUAAUCCCUCACGCUUUCGGCCGCCGCCGCCCGCCCAUCAUCAGUUCCGGGGACAUGCUCAAGAAGGAACUCGACCUCCUCGAGAGCUUGUCGGACAUGAAGGCUGCCUCCGAUCUUAUGAAGAUCGAUCGCAAGACCAUCUCCAAUGUCCACCCCGCUGACACCCAGUACCGAAGCCUGGGAAUGAACGAGAUGACUCCUCUCGACCACAAGAGCAAGGAAUUCAGCCUACUUUCAGAUUAUCUGAACGGCUCUAAGGGCUCUACGCACCAUGUUAACUACAGGGUACAAGAAAUCUUCCGCAUCGAGCGCAACGGCGAGUUGGAACGCUUCGAGAAGAAGAAGAUCCCGAAUCUGAAGUCAGACCGACGUCUUCUCUGGCACGGCUCUCGUGUCACAAACUUUGGUGGUAUCCUCAGCCAAGGUCUUCGAAUCGCCCCUCCUGAGGCCCCCGUCACCGGAUACAUGUUCGGAAAGGGUAUUUACCUCGCAGACAUGUCAUCUAAGUCUGCCAACUACUGCAACUCGUACAGCUCUGGAGGCGAGGCACUCCUCCUCCUUUGCGAGGCCGAGCUUGGCGACCCGAUCCAGAAGCUCACCAACGCAAGCUACAACGCAGGUGACAGCGCUAAAGCCGGCGGUAUGCUUUCGACUUGGGGCCAGGGCAGAACGGGCCCGAGCAAGUGGAUGGACGCCAGCGCCGUUCACCCUUCGCUUAAGGGCAUUCAGAUGCCUGACACGACCGUCACUCCUGGCGACACCAACGUCCAACAUGCAGGCCUCUACUACAACGAAUUCAUCGUCUACGAUGUGGCUCAAGUUCGUCUCCGCUACCUGUUCCGAGUCAAGAUGUAG